AUGGCCGAAAAAGUAGAUGUUCUCAUCUGCGGCAGCGGCUCCGCUGGGCUUUGCGCAGCCGUCUGGCUCGCGCGCUGCGGAAUCAACUACCGGAUCCUGGAACGCCGACCGGGUCCUCUCGAGAACGGACAGGCUGAUGGCGUCCAAUGUCGAACCGUUGAGGUCUUCGAGAGCUUCGGACUCUCGGAGGAUUUGCUGAAGGAGGCAUACCACGUUCUCGAGAUCGCCUUUUGGGCUUCAGACGGCAGCGGGGGAGUCCGACGCACGCAUUAUGCGCCGGACUUGGAACCAGGCCUGAGCCACCAGCCCCACGUCAUUCUCAACCAAGCAAGAAUCAACGGUCUCAUGGUUGAGGAUAUUGUCAAGUCCUCCGGAAGCGCCGCAGUCAGCUAUGGCGUCGACGUCAAAAGCGUCGAGGUUGACAGCGCGUCUUCACACGACCCCGAGGCUUACUGUGUUACAACCACAGCCAUCAGUAAUGGAACAGAGCAGGUAUUCCGCUCAAAAUAUGUCUUGGCUUGUGAUGGAGCUCACAGCGCCGUGCGAAGAUCCCUGGGCUUCAAAAUGAUUGGAGACACCACUGACGCCAUCUGGGGUGUCAUGGAUGUUCACGUUCGGACAAGUUUUCCCGAUAUCCGGAAGAAAGCAAUCCUGCACUCAGAUGCAGGAAAUCUCAUGAUCAUCCCGCGAGAGGGCGAUUCCAUGGUUCGCUUCUACAUCGAGCUAGGCGACGUCGUGGUAAAAGACGUCAGUCUAUCUCAACUGCAAGAAAAGGCACGCCUUAUUUUCAGCCCAUAUUCGAUGGAGAUAGUCGAGACAGUCUGGUGGUCGGCAUACUCGAUCGGUCAGCGACUGGCUGACUCCUUCACCAAGGACCACCGCGUCUUUUUGACUGGAGAUGCUUGUCACACUCACUCCCCCAAAGCUGGACAAGGCAUGAAUGUCAGCUUGCAAGAUGGGUACAAUAUCGGGUGGAAACUAGCCGCCGUCUUGAGAAAGCAGACCCUACCAGAUAUUCUAAAAACCUACGUUUCGGAACGACAAAAGACUGCAACCGAACUAGUCGAAUUCGACCGAUUCUUUACCAAAUUGUUCUCUUCGGCAUAUCGCCAGCAGAACGGCAUCACGCCGGAGCACUUCAAGGACCAGUUUGUCAAAGCUGGCCGAUACACCGCCGGACAGGGAGUUCAGUACAACGAAUCACUCUUGAUGUCAUCAAACGAUGGACAGAGUGUUGCUACUGGCCUGGUCGUCGGCAUGCGCUUUCCGAGCGCACAGGUAGUGCGUUUCUGCGAUGCCCGCGCCAUGCAGUUAGUCCGAGCACUUCCUGCCGAUUCUAAAUGGCACAUUGUCGUGUUUUCCGGAGACAUUCUUGGUCAGGAGGCAGCAAUUAGGCUUGACAAGCUCUCCAAAAAUCUGGCCAACCUCGUUCAAAGGUUUACACCAAAGGACAAAGACGCAGAUGCCAUAAUCCAGGCACUGCUUGUCCUGGCUUCAAAGCGUACAGAAGUGGAACAGGAGCAAAUCCCAGAGAUAUUUACACCAAUCGCUGGCAAAUGGCAAUCCAAAUGUCUCACAAAGGUCUUUGUCGACGACGAAAGCUACAACUCUGGGCAUGGACACGCAUACAAAGCCUAUGGAAUUGAUCCCAAGCAAGGCUGCUUGGUCGUCGUCAGACCCGACCAAUAUGUCGCGAUGGUGGCUUCGUUGGAGGAUUUUGACACCGUCUCGGAAUUCUUCAGCAAAUUCCUUAUACCAGUUGUUCAGAAUUGAACUUGGUGUUAAAGGAACGGUUUGUUCAAGCCUGAAAUCCAAAUCCUAGCUCCUAUUCAAUGGCCGCUGUCAAGGGGACCAAGUAGAUUGGUAGACCUAGUUGAGGAGAACGCUACAUUUAAACAAUAAACUCC